GCGAUGACAACGCCCACUCACCCCGAUUUUCUUGUUUAGCUUCACUUUUCGUUUAAAGUUGAAAGCGCUGGAGCAAGGAGAGAGCGCACCGCAGAAAUACAGCAAACGCGACGGGGAGGAAGUCUCUUAUCUUUGAAAUCGAAUUCUUUAACAACCAAAAAGCAUAGGUAAUAGGUUUCAUGGACUCGAAUUUGCAGACUUCACCUCCUGAUAGUUCUGAUGCAAAAGCAGCAUUUCGUAAGUUUUCUAAUGAUGCAUCUAACCGACAGUAUAGGCGCCGUUCUCCAAUCAGCAGGUCAUCUUCAUCUGAAGGAAAUUCUCCUCUGCGUGACCGCAGCGUUAGUCCUAUCUUGUCAAGGGAUGAUCUGGAAAAAGGUGCUGAUACUCGACCAGGAAGAGAUGGGAGAGAACUAGAUAGGGAUUCUAGUAGGAAUAAAUAUAGUAGAAAUAGUGAUUCCUAUAGAUAUUCUGAUCGACAGUCUUCCAGGAGUUCUCAUGGUUACUCCAGGCAUGAUAAUUAUGUCAGACAUGACAAGUUUGCAGAUGAAGGUUGUAAGUAUGAUAGGUUGUCCUCUCGUUCUGGUCGAGAAUCAAGAUUUAGCACUCACUCUGAUCAUCCAAGACAAGAAAGUGACAUUAGCAGGUCAAAAGACUAUUCACGAAACGCAGACAAAUAUUCUCGUGAUAGAUAUGAUGGUUCAGGGCAUAGGAGCAGGGAUAAGGAGAAAGAAUCACAAUCUCUAGAGCACCAGAAAUAUAAAGACAAGGAUUCAGCUUUUGACAGGGCUGGGUCUGGUAGGAGACAGGGUAGCUCUUUUUCUGAAGAGAUGGAUAGAGAUCGAAGAAGGAGGGGCAGAGAUAGUCGAGGGGAAAAAGGGGACUACCAUAGAAGCUCGGGAGAUAGAAAAGGUGAUUACACAGAAUCUUAUGAAGAAUCUAGGGGACACCGGAAUGACUUAUCUUCUGGUAGGGAGAGGGACAAUGAUAAAUAUCACCUUAAAGAAGGUUACAAGAGUGGACUGAAAGAAAUAGAUGGUCAAAAGCGUGCAAAGGAGAGAAUGAAACAUGAUGAAUGGGAAACUAAUAUGGAAAAAGACAGGUAUGGUGGAGUUUUGAAGGAGCAGUAUGAAGAGAAGUCUAUGUUUGAAGGUAAAAAUCAGGAAUCUCCAGCUAAAAAACUGAAACUCUUUAGCCCAAGCAAGGGCAAUGAGUAUGAUAAAGAUGCUGAUGAAAGACGGUCAAGUUUGGAGCAAGCUGAGGAGACUGGUGGAAGAGUGACCAUGGAACAGGCCCAUGGCAAUGAUGUUGACAUCACUAAUGACAUAAAUGCAGCAAAAGUUGCUGCAAUGAAAGCUGCUGAAUUAGUUAACAGGAACCUUAUCGGGGCAGGUCACAGUAAUAUGACUACUGAGCAAAAGAAGAAGUUGCUCUGGGGGAGCAAGAAAAGCACCCCUGCAGAAGAGUCUGGCCAUCGCUGGGAUACUGCACUAUUUGGUGACCGGGAGAGACAAGAGAAGUUCAAUAAACUCAUGAGUCUGAGGUUGCCUUGGUACCUAUGGCCAAUUGUAGGGUGUGAAAGGGGAGGUGAAGGUGGAGCAGAAACCAGAGAAUCAAGAUGGCAGUGGUCUCCUUCAAGCAGAGAAGCAGCGGGAACUCCAGCAGGAUUUGGAGAAACAGUACACCGCUGGGCUCCGACGAAGGGAUGGUCGCACUGUUGGAUUAGGUCUUUGAGAAGUAGAGUAGGAAAUUUCUGUAGCCCCGUGGGAAUGCUUUGUGACAUUGUGUUGUACUCUUGCGCAAGAACGCUUGCUCUUGACCAUUAUGGCAUUCUGAGGAAAAAUAUGCUUUGUUGGAUGUUUCAGGUCGCAGCAGAUGGCUCUACCCUUAGGCUUUCAGUAUACAAUAUAUAUAACUCUCUCUCUCUCUCUAAUCCUCUGGCAUAUUCAGCAUCAUUUUAAGGUAUCUCAUUGUUUAACAUA